AGGUUUUGCUGCUACUAUAGAAUUUUUGAUAGAUAUUGGUAAUGAUGCACCUAAAUCUUACAAAUUUACUGGACAAUUGUUUUGUGGUGCACGACUUGAUUCAAGGGAUGUAUCAGAUUUGCUUAAACCUUUGUCGGAUAUAGAUGAUAAAGGUCUAGAAAAAGUAAUGGAUGGAUAUUUAAAUGCAUUAAAGGUCGACUCGGUAUUCUGA